AUGGCCAGACGGAGGCAGAUGUCAAAAGCAGCACGAGACGGAAGACGUACGAGCGAUAUGCUAACGUUUGAGGAAUUGAAAGAAAGCUUGUAUACGUUUGAUGGCGGAGGGACAAUGGAUGUAAGGCAGCGGUACCGUGACUUCGAAGAAAUUGCGGAAGAUUGCGAAUGGUGCGAGGGGCAAUGGGUUUGUUACGCCAGAAUGCUACUUGGUGGAGCCGCACAAAUGUACAUUCGGUAUGCAGGCACGGGUGGACCAUGGCAAAAAUUUAAGAGCAAGCUUAUGUCAGAAUACGCACAUCCGUGGACAACAGCUCGUUUCAAGGACGAUGUUGAAGACGAAGUUGAGGAUGAAGUUGAAGACGAAGUUGAGAAUGAAGUUGAAGACGAAAUUGAGGACGAAACUGAGGACGAAGUUGAAGACGAAGGUGAAGACGAAAUUGAGGACGAAAUUGCGGACGAAGUUGCAGACGAAGUUGCACACGAAGUUGCAGGCGAAAUUGCAGACGAAGUUGCAGACGAAGCUACUGACGAAGUUGCAGACGAAGUUGCCGACGAAGUUGUAGACUAA